UUGUAUAGCGGCAUGUUUACUCCGCAUAGGAGGAAAUAUUUAAAUAUCUCAAAGUAGCGAGCGGCGCAGACAGCUUUGACAGUAUAUUGCCGAGACUGGUUUGGCUAGACAUUAGCGAAUGAAGCAUGAGCGUCGAAGUCUAAACUAAGCAUUCUUAUUAAAAAUUUACUCUGAGCUAUUCCAGUUUAGAAAAUUGUGCCUAAAACAAGCAAAUAAUUUGUGUAAGAAGAAAAACGUCUAAAAUAUGAGACAAGCAUGCAGAGUACCAAUUACCGUAGAUAACAGUUCCAGUUAAUAUAACUUUAAAAUUGUGUACUUUUAUACCAGCCAUUGUAAACCUUAACUCAUUAACAACACAUCGAAUUCUGUUCCUAUCAAACAUGUCACACUCCGCAUACUUAGCAUGGCACACUCCGUAUACUAAGCCUGUCACACUCCGUAUAGCAUACUUCGUAUAUUAAACAUGUCAUACUCCAUAUACUAAGCAUGUCACACUCCGUAUACUAAGCAUCUCACAUUCCAUAUACUAAGCCUGUCACACUCAGUAUAGUAAGCAUGUCACACUCCGUAUAGAAUACUUCGUAUAUGAAGCAUGUCACAGUCCGUAUGGCAUACUCCGUAUAGAAUACUCCGUAUGGCAUAGUCCGUAUAACAUACUCCGUAUGGCAUGGUCCUUAUAGCAAAUUCUGCAUACUCCCCAUAACGAAUUCUGCAUAACAUACUCUCGGUAUCUCACAAUCUGUAUGCCAUAAUCCUUUUUUUUGAAUCAAACUAAUGUUCCCACACUCCGUAUAACUACAAUAUAACUCCUAUGUUUACGAUGGAUAAAAAGUAGGAAAAUGACGUGCUUGUCUUUUUAACUUGUUCUUAAUGGUGAUUAUUUUUUAUUUUUUUCGGAAAUAGUUUUAAACAGUCAUAUAUUGCAAUAUUUCCACUUUAAGAACAUUCGUUGGCAGACUCCGUAUAACUAAACCAAGCUCCGUAUAGCAGCUAUACGGAGUAUUACUCCGUAUAGAAACCACACUCGUACGUCACAAGAGCACGCGUUAAUUAAAUUGGAAAAACCUCAGUACUUUAAAGCAACAUUAACGUUGGGACCAUUCAAUAACAUCCAUGUUCGCCUUUUUUUUUACUACCCACCUACCCCUUGUAACGCAUCGUAACAAAUCUCACCUACCCACCCUAAUAUUUAACACAUAAAAUGACAUUUUUGGUACUUCUACUUAAGUCCAGAGGAAAGAAACAAAUUCAAAACAAAUUCACACUACAAUGUUUUCAAAACAAUCGAUAACAGCGUUCGAACCACUACCACAAACAAAGGGUAUGUGGUGGAGUGGUGUUGUGUUGUGUGUGAACGCAAAUUUUGUUGAAAACUGAAGGGAAAAUGUUUUGAUGCCCAACACGAAAUGAGCAGAUAUCCGCUUCAUCUUUACGUCAUUUUAUUUUCUUAUCUACAGCUAUUAUCUUUUUCCUCCGUAGAAAAGGAUAUCCAAAAGAAAGUAGACAUAGAUAAUGACGACACAAGAGAUCAAGACAGGGACAAGGACGUGUUUGAUAGAUUCUAUUUCGUUGGUGAAAACCCAUUAGAUAAAAACGCUGCAGCAGAACGAGACCACCCCCUACGUGACAUCCCUGUAUCCACAGAAGAAAUUCGAAAUAUGCUGCAAGAAUUUAAGAAAAUUGAGAAAGAAAACAAUGCGAGGUCAGAAAAACAUGAAAUCCGUCGAAGGUCACUAAAUACAGUAAGCUAUGCAGAACACCUCCACUCAUUACGUCACCGCCGGGAUCUCGAAUCCAUGAAAGAAGUCUUUAAUGUAAAAGAAGACUCUGACUUUGAAGAUUUGGAAGAAAAAAAAAGAAAAUUGAAAGAAUUUGAAGAUGAACCUGAAGAAUACAAAAAUUUGAAGAGUGAAAUUAGAGAAAUAGUUCUCACUGAACUUGCAAGCAGAAUCCAUCCUAAAAAUGAAAAAUCUCGAGAAUUACUACUCAAAAACUUUCACAAUAUCUCUUCUCAAGAAUUAUACAACACAGCUUUAGAAUGGGGCGUUAUAGAAGAAUUUGGUGGUAAUAUUUUUGCCAGUAAAGAAGUUAAGCAUCGCCACAAAAGAGACUUCAACCAUCGUGACUAUGAAUUAUCAUUCGGUGAUUUGAACACUGAGACUUCAUAUGAAGUUUCUCAUGAUGAUGUGAACACAUUUGAAGAUCUGCAACAUGGACAAGCAUUCAAUGCGGCUUCUUAUCAAGAUGUUGAUCCGGUCUUAGAAAACUUAGUUUUUGAAGAUGACGAUGAAAAUAAAAAUGCGUUUGAUGCAGAAAUUCAGAAUCCUUUGGAUGGUAUCAAGUUAACAGGAAGUGUAGACGAACAAAUCGUAAAUUCUGAUACUGAAACUGACUCCUUUGAUCACGUAAUAUUUAAUGAGAAGAAAACGCCUCCAUUGACGUCUGAGAGAAAGAGCAGAAGCGCAGAAGACGAGCAUAAAUAUUAUUUAAACACCGGCGAAACUUACGGCAACGACAAAAAUGAUAAACAAACUGUUGAUUACAAGAGUGUUGCUUCAAAAGAUGACCUGUUUUUAACAGGAGCUUUUUCAAAAAACAAAGAUGAAAUUACCAAGUCAAUACUGAGUGAAACAGCGGAGAAGAGUAAAACAAAAUAUUUAGAGGGAUCAGCCGAAAGCAACAACACUACAAAUAUGAAUCCAUUUCCCAGUAAUUCCAUUCUAGUUCUUACAAAGAAAGUCAAAAGUUUAAAAGAAGCGAUUAGAAGUCAUCCAAUUCUACAUGCAGAGCUUAGUAAGGUGCUUAGAUAUAUUGAAAUAAAAUUGAUAAAGAAGGAAGCAGAAUUAAAAGAAAGAUAUUCUAGCAUACAAAAAGGACUGCGCCCUCUUUCCAGUCUAAAAACACAUUCAGAGUCACAAACAGACACAAAAAAAGAAACUAAUUUACCUACUAAGAACAGGUACACUGGAGAACAUUAUAGCAACCUACCAUUAUCUUCUCCAAUUGGAAAAGAAGAUCCAUAUGCUCUGCAAACUGGUGAAAAAAGCAGUAACGAAAUCCUCGAACGUAGUACUCCAAUGGAUAACAGAAAUUCCAUCGUUACACAUGAUACUGUUCAAAGUAGUACAAAAGGUAUAAAUGGAGACAAACUAACAGAUGAUGUCGAUGUUUCUUCAUUUCAAGGGUCUUCCAAAGAGCGAGAUAACACAUUUUUCGAAGACUUAACUGCAGAGCAAAACAAGCAACUUUCAGAAGUGCUUAAAAAUUGGAAGGAUAACCCUCAUAAUUCAAAUGAUGCAUCGGUGCCUUAUGAUAACGAGAAAACAAAACACCAUAAGAAAGGCGUGGCGUACGAAAAAUUACAUGAUGGGAAUGCUCAUGAUAUGUCAUCAAAAAAAUCAAAAAAAAAUCCAGAUGAAGAGAUUUUUGAUUACGAAUAUGACAAUGGUUUGGAUAAGAAUAACGACGGAAGGGAGAAUUACGUAGAUGACGAAAUUAGUUUACACGAUGGUGAUGCAAAAGAAACUGAAAAUGGAAACGCUGAGCCUGACGUGGAUGAAGUUCAACCAGCAAGUAACGUAGAUAUAGAAGAAAAAGACAUAUCUUAUGUACUAAAACUCAAAUCUUACCUUACCAACGUGGAUUCAAAAGACCAAACAGAUGGCGAAGAAAACAGAAAUAAUAAGCUUGUAUCUAAAGAGGCAAGAAAGGAGAAGUUAAACUUACAGGACGCCAAACCGAUGCAAGAAGAUGCGCGCGAAAGACACAAAGAUAAAGACGGGAAGUACACAAGUCUGCUAAAAACUGCAGAACUAAUAAACCCUGAUUUCGAAAGUAGCGAUGGUGUUAUAAAUGAGCAACGUAACGAUGUCUUAGAUGAAUCAAAACUGAUUGAUCGCUUGAAAGUGGAAGAGGAUAGUGGAAGUGAACGUUUAGCUGAGUUCACACCAAGUGAUAAACCAUUGAAACAACAUCCUCCUGACCAACUCAUUUUUGGUCAAUCCAAAAGAAAAGAAAAAAAAACAAAAAACUAUAUCGUGUCAGCAAAGGAUGCUCAAAUUUUGUAAAUUUAUAAAAAGUUUUUUUUUUCAAAUAUUUUAACUUACUCUGCACACUACAAUUUUUUGUUUUUAUUGUCUAGCAACUAGCGUGGUUCAGAAGGGAUUUUGAAGACAUUCUUAUAUUUUUAGCAGGAAACGUUAAAGACUAUUCAACAUUACUAGAAAUUUUAUACCUUUGAUACCUUUUAUACCUUUCAAAAUAAUUUCAUAAUUUCAAAAUGUUCUUAAAAUUCAACGAAUGCCGGAAAAAAAUUAUUUCGGUGGAAAUUUAAUUAAGCGCGUCAGGCAAACAUAAUUUGUAUUACUCCGGUAGUAUGGGGCGGAGUGUCAUUUGUAGUUUAUAAGAACGAAAGAUUUUGUCUGCCAAUCGAAAACUAAAUAGAUGAUAAAAUGAAAAAUAUAAUUUCUAGGUUCUUCUCUAUCCUUCCUAACUAGCACUAAAUCCAGAGAAUUUCGUUAUAAAUCGCUAAAUUUUGCAGCUGCGAAAUUUGAUAACUUUAAGGUGUUUUUACAAUUAGGAAUCUAUGUGUAGUUUCGCAAUCUCUUCUCCGUAACGUAACUUUUUCUCGCUUGUAUUCGCCCACAUAGAUUUCCGAGUGAUUAAAUAAUAAUGCGACACAAUAAAAAAAGAUCAUUUGGGAUGGUGACUGAAGAAGAGAAGUGAGUAUAGAAAGGAAUAGAAGAAGUUUUGUUUCAUUAGAAUUAAAAGUUUUAACAUCGAGAAAAUCAUGAUAAAAGUUGGUAAGUUGUUCAAUAUUUUCUACUUUACUAUUUCUUUUUUAGUAUGUUUAUUUUUCCUAAAAUGAUCAAAUACUGGGUGUAAAAACGAGUUUUAGUGUUUCAACGCUGCUUUUGCGAAAAUUUAUUUCAUAUAAGAAUUUGCUAGUUCACUUUAAAAUACGAAAUGUGAAAAGAACUUUCGGUUUUUAAAGUUCAUGGUAAAUUGAAAAUCAAAAAAAAAAACUAAAGAAUCUCAUUUAUAUCUUCCCUGAUUGUAUGCAUCAACAAAGUACUUAAAAACAGGAUUGCUUACAUCACAAUUGACCUACCCAAAGCUCAUUAAUUAGACGCAAUUACCGGACUGUCAAUUUAUAAAAGUAUUUUUAAAGACAUAUGGCGAUGACAAUGUUAAUACGCCUCCAU